AUGAUAGGAGGAGAGGUGAUUCAAGCAGUGACCUUCGCCAACUCUGUGCUUAGCAAGGUGGCUGAUCUGAUCACGAGAGAGAAGUCCGUGAAAGGUGCAGUCAAAAGAGGCCUCAAUGACAUCAAGCUGGAUAUGAAACUGGUGAUCGCCGAAAUCGACUCGAAUGAGAAGAACCACCAAGGGGCGACACAUGAGAGCAAGGUUGUGCUACUGAAGGAGUUGGCUUAUGAUAUCGAGGACUUCAUAGAUCGUACGUGGGUUCCGGGUGCAUCUGGCCCUCUCCGCUCGGUAAUUGGCCUGGACCCUCGACCUGAAAUAGUGCAAAAAAUCGAGCAUUUCAAGGGUAGUAUCCAGAAAGUACGGACCUGGCAACCUGAUGCCGGAUCCAGCAAUGGCGAAGACAGUGCUGCAACACGGUCGUCCUGUCCUUCAGCCACACCUCCUAAUCCUUAUAGCCAAGAUCUAGAUCAUGAGGAUACCUUCAGGAGCAUCUGCAGACACAGAUGUGAGCUGGGAAUGUUGCUGUCAGCAGCCGAAGGGCAAGAGCUGAAGGUGAUCUCGAUUGUCGGUUGCCGUGGCGUGGGGAAGAGUAGUCUAGCAAGAGCAGUCUACGACGACUGUCGCGACGAAUACGAUUGCGUUGCUUGGGUGAUUGCAUCCGAGUACCCCAAUCUGGAGGACCUUCUGGCGAAGCUCCUCAAGGAGGCACAAAGGACGGCUAAGCCUACAUCUACAGCUGCACAAGGGAGCAUCUCCGAUACUGAGCAAACAAGCCUUCCAAAUUUCUUGAGUGACAAAAGGUACUUUGUUGUUAUUGACGAUGUGGACCGUCUAGAAGUGUGUCAGGCUAUAAAACGUGAAUUCCCUAAAGAUGGCCACAGUAGCAGAAUAAUUGUGACCACAAGCAUGCACUCUAUUGCGGCUGAAUGCAGCUCGGGCAGUCAUGUGUAUACGAUGCAAUGUUUGGACAAAGAUGAGUCAGAAGAAGUAUUCUGGGGAUCGGUUGGUCAAGAGAAUCAGACGCCAGCCCUACGGCGGGCUUCAGAAGGCAUCAUCAAGAAAUGUGGGGGCUUACCUCUCGCGCUGAUCAGCGUAGCCAAUUAUUUGCGUCGGCGAGGCCAAACCGAGAAUCACGUGGCAGGAGGACUCACAACAGAGCACUGCAAAAGUACUGCCUGCACGCUCGGAGACAAGAUACUAAAAGGUCAUGAUGAGUUCUUGGAAAUCAAUAGAGCUCUUCUCCAGUGCUACAACAACCUUCCAGACCAUGACCACCAGAGCUGCUUGCUUUAUGCCAGCGUGUUCCCCAGAGGCCGCCCAAUUAACAUCAAUGUUCUGCUUAGAAGAUGGAUGAGUGAAGAGUUUGCUGCACAUGGCACCGUCAGUAAUGAAGAAAGUGUCAAAAGUUGUUUAGAGGCCUUCAUUGAGCGGUGUAUCGUUGAACCAGUAGAGAUAAAAAAUGCUAGGGUAGCCAGGUGCAAGGUUCACAGCAUAAUGCUCGAGUUCAUCGUCCACAAGGCCGUCUCAAAGAAAUUUGUUGCUCUGGUUGACAAGGAUGAGCUCGUGUCCAACAAUGGUACUAUCACCAAUGUUCGUGUCCGCCGACUCUCUGUUCAGGAUAGCACCAAGGAAGGAGUUGAUGAUGCUGUGUGUACUGCGAGGGGUAUUGACUUAUCUGUUGUGAGGUCACUAACAAUCUUCGGAAGCCCUCUUCUUGACCUCCAAGACUGCGAGUUACUGCGAGUUCUGGAUCUUGAAGGUUGCAAAGGGGUAAACAAUGAUACUGUUCUCAAAGCCAUAUGCAAGCAGCGGUUUCUCAAGUAUCUCAGCCUGAGGGGCACUGAUGUUGACCAUCUUCACCAAAAAAUAAAGCACCUAGUGCAUUUGGAAACACUGGAUAUUCGAGACACAUUGGUGGAAGUCGUGCCCAUUGAGGUCAUCAGGCUACCACUGUUAGCUCACCUGUUUGGCCGAUUUGAGCUACCCCAUGGAAUCAAAGAAGAAAUAUCAAAGCAAAGCAAAUUGCAGACUCUGGCUGGAGUCGUGGUUACCGAGGCAGACAAAAGUUUUGAAAACAUUAUACUUCAUGCCCGAAAACUGAGGAAGGUUAAGAUCUGUCAAGCAACAUCAUAUUCCUCCAACAGCCGCCGCUUAAGGAGCGCUUCACCGGUAGCAAAGCUCUCCAGAUUCUAUCAAUUGAUUCAAGUGACUUGGCAAAAGAGUUCAUAA